GGCAGCUUAUUCUGAUUGUUUUGUUUGUGGUUCGUGUUUAUAAAUUUUUUAGCUCAAAUUUUGCAGUUUUGUAUGGUUUCCUUAUGUGAUUGUUAUUCUUUACAAUGAGUAUGAACUUAUUAGUAACACGUCUGUAUUUUGUCAAGAGUGUUUGAUCAAGUUUCGUAGAACUCAUUUAGUCUCAUAUUUUCUAAUUAUUCAAAUUGAAAACAAGUGCUUGACGUAACGAGAUGGCUGCAAUAUUAUCUCAAAACAGCUCCACUGGGUUUUAUAAAGCUCCUGUAUCGAAAGGAAUUCUAGGCUGUAUGUUUUUAACUUCUUGUGCCCUGAAUGUGCCUCUUCUUGCUCACAUCAAACAAUAUGUAGUGUACAAUAUUCAUAACAUUUUUCAUAAAUAUGAGAUUUGGAGAGUUGUUUCAUCUAAACUAACAUUUCUUGAAACUAAAGAUUUAGUAUGUGGAUGUUUGCUUAUUUAUUAUUUCAGAAUAUUUGAACGGAGAUAUGGUUCCCAUAAAUUUUCAUCAUACUUGAUGGCUGCUUGUACAGUAUCAACUCUUCUUGAAUUAAUAUUUGUAUUUUUUCUUAAUAAGUUUGAUGCACAAAUUACUUAUCUCCCUACAGGACCGUACAGUUUAAUAUUUCCUUUAUUUGCUAAUUAUUUUAUGGACAUUCCUCGAGUUGCUCAAACUUAUAUACUGGGCAUUCCAGUUACUGGAAAAACUUUAACUUACUUAGUGGGACUUCAGAUAAUGAGUAGUAAUAAAGAAUCCAUGAUUUCCGGUUUUUGUUCCUUACUUGCUGGAGUCAUCUGUAGGAAUAAUUUCCUGCAUGUUCUAGAUGUUAUCAAAGUUCCAAAAUUUAUAGCAAAGUUUUUUAGUGUAUGCCUUGGUUGGAUACUUGAUUCCUCACCACCAUCUGAUAAUUCAGUUCCAAUGGGUGCCACUUUAGAAAUUCAAAGGCAACAACAGCUGGAGAUGAUGGAACAGCAAUUAUUGCUUUCCAGAGCUCGGGAAACUCGAGAUAGGGGCAAUACAGGGCGCCCCCAUAAUAGACAGCAAAUGGCUCAGGGUUAUGCUGAACGACUGGUACCUCCUAACAAUGAAGGAGGUUUAUUUGGUAGUUUUCAUAACCAGAAUAUAUGGAAUAACGCAUUUAAUCCCACUUCUUUACUCAGAAGAAAUUCACAGCCUGAUGAAGAUGAUCCAGCUGAUACUGAAAUGGCUAAUGGUAUAAACCAGAAUCAUAUAGAUGCUUCUAGUCCUGUGCAAGAAGAUCAGGUGAAAACUCUUGUGGAGAUGGGAUUUGAAAGGGAGAAUGUUAUCCGUGCCCUCCAAUUAUCAAACAAUGACUUAAACAUGGCGACUGUGAUUCUUCUGAAUGAAAGCUGAGAAACAUGAUUCUUGUAAUUCUGUAAAUAAUUCAAUUGAACUUGAGCUAGAUAAACUGAAGCGAGUUACUUUUUAAAUAAACCAAAAACAAGAUAA